AUGUCAAGGGGAUCUAGCACAGGAUAUGAUAGGCAUAUUACGAUUUUUUCUCCAGAAGGCCGGUUAUAUCAAGUGGAAUAUGCCUUUAAGUCAGUUAAUUCCACAGGAAUUACAUCAGUGGCAAUAAAAGGAAAAGAUUCGGUUGUUUUUAUUUCUCAAAAAAAAGUUCCUGAUAAACUUAUUGAUCAAGAUAGUGUCAGUUAUAUUUUUCGUAUUACGGAGAAUAUUGGGUGUCUUGUAACAGGCCAAAUAGCGGAUGCGCGUGCAUCUGUUAAUAGGGCUCGUGUUGAAGCAGCUGACUUUAAAUAUAAAUAUGGAUAUGAAAUUCCAGUUGAUGUUUUGGCAAAACGUAUUGCGAAUAUUAACCAAGUUUGUACCCAAAGAGCUGCAAUGCGUCCACUUGGAAUUUCAUCUAUAUUUAUUGCUAUAGACGAGGAGAAAGGGCCGCAAAUAUUUAAGUGUGAUCUUGCUGGAUAUUAUGCUGGAUACAAGGCUACUGCAUCUGGUCCAAAAAAGCAAGAAGCUAUUAAUUAUCUCGAAAAAAAGCUCAAGUCAGAUGGAUUUGAAGGGUCAUGGAUAGAUAUCACUGAGUUAGCUAUUAACACACUAUCUUCUGUUUUAAAUAUAGAUUUAAAAGCUACUGAAAUUGAAAUCGGUGUUGUUGGUGCAUCUCCUAAGGGAAGUCUGAAGUCUUCAAAUAUUUUUAGAGUUUUAACUACAGAUGAAAUUGAUGAACGGCUACAAUCUAUUGCUGAGAAAGAUUAA